AUGCCACCCGAUCAUAGAACAGCAUCCACAAUAUGGUCAGUAGCACGAAACAUUGGGGUAAUAGCCACAAAGGCCUCAGAAUUAGAGGUCGAAACGGCUAUUGCUGUUGAUGAACUCACCGCUGCUAUGAAAAACUUGCUGGUACACGAAACUGACACCAGAAAGCGUUCCCUCCCGUUAUCUCCACUUCCAUCGACACCCCGCUGCUCCAAAAGACAGCGCCCUCCAUCGAUCUCAACACCCUUAACACCCAUCACUCGCGCAUCAUCACCUACUCCAUCCGACCCGCCCUCCGAUCGACCGAAUGGCACCAAAGAACCUGAUCAUUCCGUGGUAAGAUCAUGGUUCCUCAACCACAUCUCACACCCAUACCCUACUUCAUCUCAAAAAGAAACACUUGCCAAAGCAGCUGGUAUCACCAAGAAUAAGGUUGAUAGUGAUUUGACCAACUUCAGACGAAGAUCAGGAUGGACUGAUCUGAUGAAUCGCUUCUGCGCGAGCGAUAGAGAGAAAAUGAGAAAAUUCAUAGAUAAAGUUGAAGCUGGAAAAGAACGUAGAGAUGAAGUUCUGAUGAGAGUAAAAGCUAUGAAAGAGUAUUUGGGAGGGAAAGAGGGUGAAAGAGUUGGUGAUUGGGUUCAAGAGGUCACCGCCCUCACCUCGUCUCUCAUUGCCACUGGAUCCACUACCAGCUCAGAAUUCGAAAACACACUCAACAAACAUCGAUCCAAUGUAUCCCUUUCAUCGCUCUCAGCAGCUUCCAAUGUAUUAGGAUCAGAUACACCUAGAUCUGUUUCCACCUCAUCAUCCUUCUCUACGUCUUCAUCCCUCUCAGACGCUUCGUUCACUUUACCAAGUAAGAAACGACUCAACCCCAAUGCUGAACCUUUCAUCCCCAACAAGAGACACACAUCACGAAAUGGCCAAUCAGCAACUCACACUCAUGCGGUGAAUUAUGAUCCCUCUAUUUGGUCUACUUCAGCGCCAUUACCCGUUCUUCCUCAUAUGUCAAGUUCAUCCUCAAACGCGUGGAGUAUUCCUAGUGAUAGUGUUUUCCAACCCAGGAUCGAAGAUUGGAGUGAGGGUAGUGUGAGUGGUGUCAGUCGAGUCUUGCAGAGCAAGUUUGGGCUGAGCAAGAGAGAACGAGGCGUCGGAAGGGAUCAUGGACCUUGA